AAUCAGCUGUUGCUUCGUUUUUAGUUGACAACUUUGCUAAGCAUUUCUUAUCUUAUUAUGUUAAAAAGCAGCAAUUUAAACAGCAUAAUCAACGAACUCACUAUCAGCGAUGGCGAAAGAGAAAUGGAAACCCAACAAGAACAGCAACCACAUCCUGUAAAGACCCCAUCUGACCCACAACCAGCAACAACAACAACAUCAACUAACAAUGCCGGCGCCAGUUCUCAACUCUCAGCUGGUAUCCUAGCAAUAGCUGAACCUCCGCUGGAUCGAGUACGUGGCCAGCUCAAGGAAUUAAUUGGAAGGCAAAACAAAAUCUACAUUGACUUGUCCAAGGAGAAAUACAAACUAGAUUGCAGUGAAGUGGCCAAACUGAAUGAUAUGAUGAACGAUGUGAAACGAUACAAAGAAAAAUUGACACGCAUCAAAAAGGAAAUGCAAAAUGUUUACCAGCGCACAAAAGACUUAAAGAAACGAGCCGCCAAUGUGGCAGCGUGCAAACAGCGCGAUUAUCAACGCAAACUGGAAAAGCAACAGCACGAGGAGUCGCUUAUUGGGAGCCAAGGGCAAUAGACGCCACACGGAAGAAAUAAAUGGAAGAAACCUAGAUUACAUUGACGGUAUAAUUACAAAUUAACUACUAUAUGUAGGUAAAGAUUACUGUUUCUUAUGUCUUUUUCUUGUAUUUGUGGUUUUUUUUUUUCCUUUUUUAACAAUAACCAUUCGUUGUAUAAUUAAGUAAAUACUUUUGGAGAUUUUGUAGCUGCAGUUGAAAAUAUAGUUAGAUGAAGAGUCCAAUCUAAUUAAAGUAGCCAAUACUUAAACUACAAUACGUAUACAUAUAAUAUAUAAUGUAUAAU